AUUUGAUCUAAAAGGAUACUCUGGAAGCGGACUGGUCCCAGUAGGUUUUUUGGGUCGCUGAUUACGAUGAGCGGGUUGGUUAAGCUUCAUCACAUCAGGUUCAAGGUCAUUUCAAGGUCAAGUGGAGAGAAAACCUUCGAAAAAAUCCAAAAAAAUUCAUGGAAUUUAGGUUUGGUUGCAACCAGGGCACCUCCCCGUGGUGACGGUGUGCAACGGAGUUGUCUCACUAUCCGGCGAAGUCCCUGGGUUACGGCGAUUAUGCCGUCAUGGCAACUAAACGUAGAAAAUUUACGAGACAGGGUUUCGGAUACCCAGAAUCGGCGGCUGGUCAGGGUGGGGAAGCGGGCCCGCAGGCGUCGUCAUCAAGCGACCGUAGCUCUACAGUGGUGGAAAACUUGGCCUCUGUAGAGUCGAAUGCUACAAGACAUUUGUCAUGUACUAUUGACGUGAACAAUUUUUGUAUUGUUUGUGGGGAGUUUAUUCCACAAAAGAAAAAAUUUGUAUUUUCAGAUGCUUUGAAAAUAAAAUAUAAACAACUUUAUAGUAUUGAUACAAGUUCAUUGGACAACUCAUAUACUCCCAAAACUAUAUGUUCGAGAUGCCGUAGUGUUCUUAAUGAAAUUAACAAGCAGGUAUUUUCUAAACCAAUGAUAUGGAGAUCCCCAACAAAUCAUGCUACCGACUGUUUCUUCUGUUUAACAAACGUGAAAGGUUACAACCGAAAGAAUAAAAAUUUAAUUUCAUAUCCACAAGUCAGA